AUGCUGAAACUGAAGAUCCUCUUUGUCGGCCCCGCCAAGGCUGGGAAAUCUGUCUUGGCAAACUUCUUGUCGGAGACCACAGAAACGAUCAAUGACACAUACAAGGGACCACUGUAUAUCCCAACACAAGGAGUAAGGAUCCUGGAAUAUGAGAAUCCACUUCUCAGCAGAAACAGCAAAGAAGCCAGGUGCCGCUCUGAACUGUGGGAUUGUGGGGGGAAUCCAAGGUUUGAGAACUGCUGGCCAGCUCUGAUGAAAAAUUCCCAUGGAGUCGUCAUUGUCUUCAAUCCAGACUAGUCCAGUCACGUGAAGGAAAUUGAAUCGUGGUACUCGGGCUUUGUCCAUCAGCAACAGUUGCUUGACAGUCAGUGCCUGCUGGUCGCUCAUCACAAACCAGGCACCGCAUCCGACAGCGAAGACCUCACCUUGUCCGGCUCUCUGAACAGACUGCAGCUGAUCCACUCCUUCCUGGAGGAGAAGCCUGAAGAUGUACGCUCGGCAUUCUCAAAGUAUCUUAAAAGCAUUAUCAACUUGGCGAACGAGAACCGUGACCGGGAAGAGAUGCUGAUUAUCACGUAGGAGGACGUGAAACAUUGCAUUGGGAAAGAGAAAAUAAACACUUAGAAAGCAAACCUUGGUUAAAACCUACUUUUGCUUAGCUGUGUUCAGCUUCAUUUUCAUGAUUUCAUAAAAUAAUCAUAAGUUUUAAACUUAUGAUUAUUUUACUUUCACAGCAUUCUAGCAAGUCCAGGUCGAUAUUUGGAAUCCUAUUGGUAUUUGGAAUCCAAGCAGCCCUCUAGUGUCAAGAUCUUUCUUCUGCUGCCUUAUCUGGCAUGUUGUUAUUAGUAUGUAGUAUUUUAUAUCCAUCUGCAGAAUUAUUUGAGGUCAGGCAACCCACAGGGACCAUGGCAGGACCUGCUCAGCCUACACAACGCAUUCUGCAGAGACAGGUAAAGGUGGGUUUCUUAGCAUUGGCCCAAGAAUGGACAUAAAAUGAUAUCAUUUGGGUUUGGGUUUUUUUGCAGGGUUCUGUUUUUUCUUUGCUUUUAGGAGGGACUGAGAAGUCUGUUUCUUUGCAACUUUAAUGAAAUAAGGCACAGUAAAGGCCUGUGGAUAAAUGGUAUUUUCACUGAUAACAUCAAGACAUUCUCUUUCCCUACAGAGGAAGAUCCUAAAUUCCAUACGUAAACAGCAAUUUUUUCAGGACGAGGCCAGCAAUUCUUAAGUCAGGGAUUUUUAUUUCUUAUCAUGCAUUCCAUCUCAAGGAUGGCAAAUAAGCAGCACAGAAUUUGUCCUAGCUAGCACUGAAUGACUUUCCAGAUACUUACCAAUAGGAAGCUGCUUUAUACCAAGUCAGGCCAUUGGCCCAACUAGCUCAGUAUCGUCUACCACACUGACUGGCAGCAGCUUGCUGAGGUUUCAGACAAGAGUUUCUCUGAGCCCUACAUGGAGAUGAACCUGGGAUUUAACCUGGGACUUCUGCAUGAAGAGCAGAUGUUCUACCACUAAGCUACAGCCCUUUGGCUCUCAUGCUGUUUAGUUCUAUGCAUGUAUACUUGGGAGCAGAUCUCACCGUAUUCAUUAGGACUUAAUUCCAGGUGAUCCUGCAUAGGACUGAAGCUUUAGGUAAUGAUGUGAAUCCUAUCUAGGAAACAAGAGUUUCCUAGCUAGGGGAAGUGUGUAUAAUUUUAUAAUAUACAAAGUUUGUAUAAUUUAUUUAUUGAUUGUUAAAUUUAUAUACCGCCUUUCAUUAAAGCAAUUCCAUGGCAGUUUACAGCAAACUUUAAAAACAAGAUUGUAAAAAAGACACAAUUAAAAUAUUAAGCCAAAAAUAUAAAACAAAUCUGAUUAAAAAUUUAAAACAAAAGCAUAAAAGCAAUACAGAGAGUACAAAGAGCAGCAACAGAGACAAUAAAAUAAAAGCCUGGGCAAAAAGCCAAGAUUUUACACUCUUUCUAAAAGCUGUGAUGGAGACUGAGGAGCGAAUAGCCACCAGGAGAGCAUUCCAGAGUCUGGGGGCAGCAACAGAGAAGGCCCUGUCCCGCAUGCACGACAUCCGAGCCUCCCUCAUUGUCGGCACCUGGAGCAGAGCCCCCUCAAGUGGGCAGCAACCCUUGGGAGCGGGCGGUCCCUCAGGUAUCCCGGGCCCCAUUAAUUCUGGUUUACUUUGAGCCAGUUACCCGCUGCUGGCGCCCCCCCCCCCCAAACUAUCAAUACAGUGGGAUAACCUGUUCAUACAAGUUGUUACUACAAGUCAGGGAUUGACACAUAGUGGAACUGCACAAAUACCUGGUCAAAAGACAGCUGCUGAAUAUUCCCAUUUUACAGAUGAGGAAUACUGAGGGCUGAACAGGAAGCACCUAGUACGAGGCAGGAGGAGGUUUUCCUUUUCCUUUUUUCCUGCAGUUCUACUUGCUGUUGUGCAUUGAUGGGAAUCAAAUUCUGGUCCAGCUGCUGCCAUUCUAGAACUCUACAAAUAGAUCCCGAUUUACCUUCACUGCUGCCCCUGUUACGAGGUAACAUGGUGGUGUAGGAUGUUAGGUCCAUGGAUGAUAAUAAAUAAAAAUGUGCUUGAC